AUGGAGCAGGGUUCAAACCCAUAUUUUCCCCAAGGGCAAGAGUAUACGCUCUACGACCUCAUGUGCGUGUAUGAGUUCCUAAAACAACGCAGAAUUAUGACCGCCUCUGAUCUGGACAGUGACCAUGGCAAUGCAUCGGCCAGCUCCGUUCCUUCCAAUCAGCUAGUGGCUCCGGGUCAGACACAGUCAAAUGACAAUGAGCUCUCGACUAGCUCAGCACUGGGUGAUAACCUAAUGGAUGUUGAUAUGGAGACUGAGGACCUUCCUUGCAGUUGUUUUGCUGCGAAAUUUGUGGAGCAUAGUGAGCAACAUACAUCGGGGGGCUAA